UCCUUCAUGUAACUAACUGCGUGGAUGCUGUUCAAAAUAGGGCUGUACGUGUGAGGGGUGGCCGCUUGCUUGAUUGACGUCCGUCUCCAAGGAGCGAAUCGGGGAAGACUUUCGCAACAACAACAACAAAAAAAGAAAGAAAGACAAAAAGGAAAAAGGGUGGGGGCUGGCUUGUGCCUUGGCAAGCAGCUGCAGUCGUGUCCAAAAAAGUAUUUGGUGUCCAGUGUCCAAAAAGACAUAUUUGACUCGCCAGGGCCUGGGCCAGCUCGCACUCCAGCUUAGCGUCUUGUGUGGUUCAGACGCUCCGACCCAAACCUCUCCACAGGCCUCUUCUCUUUUUUCCUCUCUCCUCCUCUCGCUUUAAUUACUUUUGCCCGCAAAGCACCGCCACUUAAGCAGCCAUGGAUGCCAUCAAGAAAAAGAUGCAGAUGCUCAAGCUCGACAAGGAGAAUGCCUUGGACCGAGCUGAGCAGGCCGAGUCGGACAAGAAAGCGGCCGAGGACCGGAGCAAACAGCUUGAGGAUGACCUGGUGGCACUGCAGAAGAAGCUGAAGGCAACAGAGGAUGAGUUGGACAAAUACUCCGAGGCACUGAAGGAUGCUCAGGAAAAACUGGAGCUGGCUGAGAAGAAAGCCACAGACGCUGAGGGUGAUGUCGCCUCCCUGAACAGACGCAUCCAGCUGGUUGAGGAAGAGUUGGACCGUGCGCAGGAGCGUCUGGCCACAGCCCUGACCAAGCUGGAGGAGGCUGAGAAGGCCGCUGAUGAGAGCGAGAGAGGUAUGAAGGUUAUUGAGAACAGGGCGAUGAAGGAUGAGGAGAAGAUGGAGCUGCAGGAGAUCCAGUUGAAGGAGGCCAAGCACAUCGCUGAGGAGGCUGACCGGAAAUACGAGGAGGUGGCCCGUAAGCUUGUGAUCAUUGAGAGUGAUUUGGAACGUACAGAGGAGCGUGCUGAGCUGUCAGAGAGCAAAUGCUCUGAGCUUGAGGAGGAGCUGAAGACUGUGCAAAACAACCUGAAGUCUUUGGAGGCUCAGGCGGAGAAGUACUCGCAGAAGGAGGACAAGUACGAGGAGGAGAUCAAGGUUCUUACAGACAAGCUGAAAGAGGCUGAGACCCGUGCUGAGUUUGCCGAGCGAUCGGUCGCCAAGCUUGAGAAGACCAUUGAUGACCUGGAGGACCACCUUCACAAGCAGCUCGAGAAAAACCGUCUUCUCACCACCGAGCUGCGGGUAGCCUUAAAUGAGGCUUGAGCGGGUCCACUUUGCAUUUACCUACUUCACAAACGUCCUCACACUUUGGUGCAAAGAGCAUAUUCAAGCAGCUGUGGUCCGCAGCUCCAAUCAGUGGGUGCUUUAAGUCGGGGGGUGGACAAUUUUCUGACGAUUAUCCUCCUUAUGCAUGUUUCAAGUAGACUCCUCAGUGGAACGUUGUGCACUGGAAAGCUAAUGCCUGGUAUUUGUUUUUCCUCAGUUACUAUCAGGGCUGUGGCAUUCAUUAGAAUUUGUACUAAAAUGUGUACUUUACAGAAAGAAGCUAAUGUUGAUCUUGUGGUUGCUAAUCAGAGUGAAACCACACGGAAUGCUUUUUUUUUUUUUUUUUUCCUCUAUAUGAGUAAAUUUCCCAGAACAGCAAGUCAAAGCUAACAAAUUAGGUGCUGGUGCUGUGCUGUGCUGAUUGGCCACUCUGUACAUUAAAUUUGUUGCUGUUCCGCUCUAAUCCAGGAGGAGGCAGUUAAAAGCGUUUCAAACGCUUCCCACCAAAUUAGGAAGCCAACGCUUCCGUUGACUGUAGACAAAGAAUUCUAAUAUGGAUUAAUCUGCUCCUUUGUGCCUUGAUCUAUUUUGAAAAUGCAACAGAGAUGCCGGUGUAUAGAGAUUUGGAAAUAUUGCCUUACUUCGUGUGGUAAAUCUACACUGAUUUAAAUAGCCCCAAAACAAGUGGGCUAGUUUAAAAUGGGCCUGCAAGCAAGUUUGAUUCACACACUGGAUGAUGUGCUCCAGUCGUGGCGCAAAAAAAUCCAGUGUGUGGGUACUUAACGCGUCCAAAGCUCUCCACCCAAAGAUGGCCUGUUCGGCAUGUUGGCAAAGCCUAUAAUGAAAGAGUAAUUUUCUCUUUUUUUUUUCAAAAAAAAAUUUUUAACCCAAGUUACUUCUUGGACCAUAGCUAUUUUUUUUGUCAUGUGGAUAAUCAUUUUUAUUUGUCUAGCCCUUAAUCACAAGCAUCUCAAAGGGCUUCACAAGCCCACAGAAGUCUUAUUGAUAAAAUGAAGUCCUGUAUUCAGGUUUUUCUUUGAAUUUGUCAUCUAUCUAUAAAGAAUUAAUUAUGGCCACAACAAGUGACAUAUGGAAGAAUUUGUUGCUGUGACUUUUUUGGUCUGUGUUUGUCAAUGGCAAAUUGAAAAAAUAGCGAAAUGCUAAAUAGUGCUGAGUGCGAUUUGCGUCCCUCCCAAUUUUUUACAAUUCAAGGCCCUGGAGAGAAUUGUUCAUGCAUCAUUUAUUGCAAAUACCAAAUAUAUAGCUGGAAAGCAUUGACCUCAGAGUUUUGAGGACCCAGGUUCAAUCCCGGCCCCGCCCGUGUGGAGUUUGCAAGUUACUCCUGUGCCUGCGUGGGUUUUCUCCAGGCACUCCGCCUUCCGCCUAGAUCCCAAAAACAUUCAAGAUUAAUUGGACAGUCUAAAUUGCCCGUAGAUGUGAUUGUGAGUGCGGCUGUUUGUCUCAAUGAGCCCUGCGAUUGGCUGGCAACAAAUUUAGGGUGUAGCCUGCUUCCUGCCCGUGGACCGCUGGGAUAGACUCCAGCACUCCCCGCGACACACCAGUUUCCUUCCACAUCCCAAAAACAUGCUGCAUUAAUUGGCCAGUCUAAAUUGCCCGUAGGUGUGAUUGUGAGCGUGGCUGUUCUCGAUGUGCCCUGCAAUUGGCUGGCAACCAGUUCGGGAUGUAUCCCGCCUCCUGCCCGUUGACAGCGUAUGCUCCAGCCUCCCGUGACCCUUGUGGGGAUAAUCGGCAAAGAAAAUGGAUGAUGGAUGGAUAUAUAUAUUUUUUUCUUUAGAAAUACUUGCCCAAAAGUAGCCUUUUACAGACAUUUAAAUCUAUUCACAGCUAAAUCUUUCUGAAACUAAGCUUUGACUUUGAACAGCUGCAAAAUGCUCUGAAAUCUUCUGUUGACUGCAAACAUCGACACGGUCGACAAAUUUAACUGUCAGCUGUUUCAAAUGUAUUUAGUCAGUUCAUGCAGUCUUGACCACAGCCCUGCUUGUUACUGAAAUUCAAAAUAUUAUGGUCACUAAUAUUGAAGUACUAACUCGCUUGGUUUACACUUUGUAACCACGUUGUCUAAAAAUGUGUACAGUAUAAUCCUGACUAGAGCUUCCUGUGUUUGCACUUUUUGUUUUUGAACGGGUCUUAAUGCUGCCAUUGCUAUA